GAAGCAUUAUCUACAAUAUAAGACUACAGUUCCUCACUUUCAUUCUCAAGGGCUGAAAAGGGCAUGCGAAGCAGCAAGUAACACGAGACAGAUCAGGAUGAAAAAGACCGGCGCCAUUGCCCACGGGCCUAAACCGACUAAAGCAUGCGUCAACUGCCGCAGACUGAAGAUGAAAUGCGUGGCUGAUGGCAAGCCGCCAUGUCGUCGAUGUCGUCACACCAAUACCACCUGCAUCUUCAAACCUAGAUCAAAUGCUGCAGCUGCAGCUCGAGACUUGGGGGCUUUACCACAGACACCGAUGGAUCCCAACCACGAGAUGCCGUCGGUCCUCAGCCGGUUAGAUCGUAUCGAAAGAUCAAUAGGUAUAAACAAAAGCGAAGGCCCGAUGCCGCUGAUCGGUGAGGGCUUAGGUGGUGACGAGGGAACUGGGUGUCCUCGCCUAUGGAACGCUGUUAAACAUCUGAAGAGCAUCACGCAGCCACCUCAGGAGGACGCGAUCUGGACCCGUCCUAUCGUCAGACACCUCUGGAACUCCUUCGUCGAGAACCUGCCGCUCCUCCACUUCCUCAAAGACCAAAGCGCAUUCGCAUCGCCAUCUCCCCUUCUCCUAGCAUCCAUCCUCUACAUAUCUGCCUUGCAUGGGCCGUCGAGAGACCUCAGCGAGUUUGCCAAGGGAUACUUUGUGGCUCAAUGCUGCGCCAUCGCCGAGCUCGUCCUCCCACCCACGAUAUUUCCCGACAACAGCGCCCCAACAGAGCCCAUCGCUUACAAGAACAUCCUCGGACUCAUCAUGGCCAGCCUCGGCUCCGAAGCCUACGUCCCCGUCACCGGACACUGGAUCGCCCUGGCCUACCGUCUCUUCCUCGACCACACCCUUCCCACCGCCGCAGAAACCGGCACAAGUCAGGACUGGAGCGGCCUCUUCUCCGGCCUCCAGGUUAUCGACAUCGAGCACGCGUCCAUGCACAUGUGCUGCCCGUUACUCCCGGAACACCCUCCCACCCCAGCACUCAACCCCUUCCCCAGCAGCGACAACGAGGAUGAAGAGCAUGCCUUCCGCGGUCUCACGCAGAUGAUGCACCAAGGCCUCAGCCACUUCGUCGGCCGGGGCCUUCCCACGAUCUGGUCCUUCAUGAGCAGCGUAAGGGAACCCGAGAGUUCACCAUCAAUCCGAACACCCUUCACAGACGAAGACGCUCGGGUCAUCCGCCUCUGGGCGAGGAAGUUGGACGAUUGGCUGAUCAGAUAUAACGGGGCAUCGCAGCGAACCCCCUCCAACCGCCAAGGCAUCCUCAUCCUCCUCCAAUACCACCUGCACAAGCUGUACGUGCUAUCGAUCUACCACCCGGCGCGGGGCUUCGAUCUCGGCUCUGCAGCGGACAUCGCCCCGGCCGAGAGACACGAGUUGCUGGUGUCCGCUCGCGCGGUAGUGCGGCUGCGGUUGGAUGACUCGAGCAUCUGGUCGAAUUGGGACUUGAUCAUGAUCACCUUCGCGGCCAUGCUACUUCUCCGCGGAAUCGAGGACGGUAUGUCCCACCCAGACGACCGCUACCUUAUCGAGAAACACAUCGCCAAGCUGAAACCCGGCCAUCCGCCUAUUCCCAGCAUCCACAACGUCCUGGCGGAGCGCCUCGAAUCCAAUCUGCAGGCGAUGCACACACCGCCGGAGGUCACUUUGCAUGACGGCGUCCCGCCGGAGUCCGAGGCCGGGGACUACUCGUGGGCCAUUUUUGACCAGGAAAUCUUGUCGCUGGCGAAUCCGCCGUGGUUGUUCGAGGAUACCCCCGGCGCCGGCGCGGAGCAGAUGCAGAAACGCGCGGAUUCAUUCGUGUCAUCGGAGGGGUUGGCUAUGGGAAGCGGUGCGGGGGCCAUGGAAGGUAGAUAUUAUCUGUGAUGUUACGUGUUGGUUGUGCAUUCACGUGAAAGAUGGUAAAUAACAUCGAGUUGGGGGUUUCGAGCAGUAUUGUUUUACCAGAACAACAUGAUUGAUAUGCCGCACUGCACUUGCAGCUAGUCCUCAAAGGAAAGGCGCGACUGCUCUC